CCCACUCACUGGCGCCCCGUCACGUGACACUCCCCCCACCGGGUGCAGAAUGGUGCCUCGACAAGAUGGCGGAUACCGAGGAGCUGCGGAACAUGGUGUCCAGUUUUCGAGUUUCAGAACUUCAAGUGUUGUUGGGGUUUGCAGGUCGAAAUAAAAGUGGUCGCAAACAUGAUCUUCUUAUGAGAGCCCUCCAUUUGUUAAAAAAUGGCUGCAGUCCUGCUGUACAAAUUAAAAUCAAAGAACUCUACAGAAGGAGAUUUCCUAGGACAUUGGAUGGAGUACCAGGCUUAUCGUCUAUCAGGUCCAAUGUUUUCAACUUGGACAGUAAUUCUUCUGUGGAUUCAGACUUAGCUGUGGCCGGCGUCCAUACCUUACCAUCAACCUCUGUUACUCCUCACUCUCCUGCCUCACCUCUGGGCUCUGUCUUACUGCAGGACACCAAACCUCAGUUUGACAUUCAGCAGUUGUCACCUCCAAUUCCACCUGUACAUCCAGAUGUUCACCUCAAAAGUCUUCCUUUUUAUGAUGUACUCGAUGUUCUCAUUAAACCAACCAGUCUAGUGCAGACUAAUAUCCAAAGAUUCCAAGAGAAAUGUUUUAUUUUCGCACUGACCCCUCAGCAAGUUCGAGAAAUCUGCAUCUCCCGAGAUUAUAUGCCAGGAGGGAGAAGGGAUUAUUCAGUUCAAGUCCAGUUAAGGUUAUGUUUAGCAGAAACUAGUUGCCCUCAGGAGGACAACUAUCCUAGCAGUCUAUGCAUUAAAGUGAAUGGCAAGCUGUUUCCUUUGCCGGGUGUGGCUCCACCACCAAAAAAUGGCAUUGAACAGAAACGACCAGGGCGCCCUCUCAACAUCACAUCAUUAGUCAGAUUGUCAUCUGCUGUGCCUAAUCAGAUUUCAAUCUCAUGGUCUUCUGAAAUCGGGAAGAACUACUCCAUGUCAGUGUACCUGGUGCGACAGCUGACCUCAGCAAUGCUGUUACAGAAGCUAAAGAUGAAAGGCAUUAGGAAUGCUGACCAUUCCAGAGCACUGAUUAAGGAGAAGUUAACUGCAGAUCCUGACAGUGAAAUUGCAACCACCAGUCUGCGGGUGUCGCUUAUGUGCCCUCUUGGAAAAAUGAGACUGACCAUUCCUUGUCGAGCUAUGACCUGCACACACCUGCAGUGCUUCGAUGCUGCUCUUUACCUACAAAUGAAUGAAAAGAAACCCACAUGGAUUUGUCCUGUGUGCGAUAAAAAGGCUGGAUAUGAAAGUCUCAUUAUAGAUGGACUCUUCAUGGAAAUCUUAAACCAUUGCUCAGAUGUAGAUGAAAUUCAGUUUCAAGAAGAUGGAUCUUGGUGUCCCAUGAGACCAAAAAAGGAACACGUGGCAAAGCCAAAUGCACAGUAUGCUAACAUUGAAGGAUCAGGAGUUAUCAGCAAAAUUUGCUCCAUAACUGAUGCAAGUGACAAAAAGAAAAAAGCAGAUGUCAUAGACCUGACAAUUGAAAGCUCGUCGGAUGAAGAUGAUGAACCACCCGCCAAAAAAAAGUGCAUAUACAACAUGCCAGAAUCACAAGGAAACCCAAUGAAAGGGGUGCUGACAUAUCAGCCUUCUACCAUAAGAGUAGCAAAGCUGUCGGGUUUGGAGACGGAUUCAAUACAUCAGUCAAUGGUGGACUACGCUGAUCCUUUUCACCACACACCCAUUGCUAAUAUGUCAGCUGAAUUACCAGGUCUGGAUUUUCUCUCUCUUGUAUCAGUUGAUUCUCAGCAGUACUAUCACCCUAUGUUUUUGGAUAGUCUCAACUCAGUACUUCCAGCAAACCACAUACCUGGCGAACACAGAACCUUCAACAUCCACCAUGAAAACUGCAUACAAGAUGCUACAAACAGCAGGAAUGUUAUACAGACAGGCAAAAGCACCAGUGUACACCCUGCACAGGCCAGAAAGUUCCAGCACAUCCAGUUGCCUCCAGACUCGUGACAGUGUUGCUAUUUAUGGAUUCCUUUUUCAAAUGUACAGGAAAAACAGAGCCUUUAAAUUAAUCAAUUAUAUAUUCUCUUUAACGUUUUGAUGCAAGCACGCAAAAGUGAGAUAGCACUAGAUUCCCAACAUGGUUUAAUGUUCUGGGAGUUGCACAUGCACAGUUUAUGUAAAUAUGUUGCACUAUACAGCAAAUAACUGUAAAUAUGUAUUUUUUUAAAUAAACUGGUAAAAUACCAUACACAUGAA